GACAGUACUCCGCCGUCAAAAAUUCACGCCGCUGGAAUUAAGUACGCAGUCAUAGUAUACUUAAGUGUAAGUACGGAAGUGCGUGAUUUGAAAGAAUGUUUGAACCGGAAGUGGAGAGGAACCGGUUCCGGAUAAGUUCCUAAACCCACACGCGCUGACCAUGCUUCACGGAAUUUCAGACAAUAUUGAAGCAGUUGAAUCGGUUGGGUUUUUUUUUAAUAUAUAAUUUGUGUACCGUAAUACACUGACGACAUGUCAUGACAAUUCGAAGGGGGGAAAAGCUUGUUUACUGUAUAUAGCUUUAGUUGAGUCUGAGGACCAACAUGUCCAGACUUGUUCCCUGGGACACCGAGGGAUCACCGGAUGUCUUUGUAAUAAUUUAAACAAAAAUGGACUACCAGUUCCCCCAGCAGCUUUUCUCUUCAUUCUACAACUGUGGACCAGCGGACUCGACGCUGAAGCACUGUGCUGGACAUUGGGGCAGCUAUGAUCGGGUCAGACUUAAGGGCGGUUCUGGAUCACAAAACAAUUGGACCUUUACACCCAGACAUCAUGUUAAAGGGGAGAUAUUGCGUCACACCGAGCCGGUACCAAUUCCACUCUUCAACCCCAAAAAAUCUUUCCUUUGGUAUUCAGCUCCUCCCGAUCCACAGGACUUCACUGAGCAUAUGCAGAACUUCUUCAUUGAUCAUUGCCAAGACGCUUUCGGGUGCAUGACUGAAAUUCUGGGCAACCAUAUCUAUUUGAAGAAGGGACCGAAAGGGCACCAACAAAGAAAUGCUGGUCCCCCCCGGAAACUAAAACGCUUCAUCAACAUGCUGAAUUUGCCAAUAUGCCACCAGUCGUAUUCCUCCAGGUCAGUGCAAGCGUACAGUGCCCUGCUGUCAGAUGCCUUGCCAAAUGUGCCCGUCGAGCUGCUGGGCUCUCUGUUGUACGAGGAGCUGACGGAGCAAAGAGACAGUCUGUUGUUUUCUGAAGCAGCCACAGGGGGCGCUCUCGACUUCAUCCCCUUUUCUCAUAGUGGGAGCUUUCAGCGAGGCUGCCUCAUCUACCCUGGAAACCAAGGACUGGACCGCCUCAACUUCCACACGAUGGAGCUAGAGCACCGUAGAGACCGAGGUUUCUCUGUCAACUCCAGCCUCAGCAAACCAUUCAGCUUUCAACUGAAAGGUCCAAUCAGACAAAUAAGCUCUGCAUCUCUGUUGAAUGAAUGUUGCGUGGCAGUGAGGUCCGAUCACCUGUGUGGCGUUUGGAGAUGCAGCGAGAGAAACGAACCACAAUUGCUGCAAGUCGUGAACACUAGAGAGGCCGCCACCUGUGUCAGCGUCAGUCCUCACGUUUUAGGUGAAGUUCUGGUGGCCAGUAAAAGUGGAACAGCUCACCUGUGGACUGUUGGGAAAGGGAUCCAGAAGGUUCAUGACGAUGAUGGCAACCUGUACUUUAAUGCCAAGUCGUCAUGGCGAUGGUGCGAGUUCUCUGCUCACCCUCGAGUGGUGUUGUACGCUGACAGGACUGGUGCCGAGCUGUGUGAUAUCAGGGUGAGUCCCGCCUCCAUCCACACUCUGUUUCGAAUCAGCAACACCAUAGAGUGUCGGAGUGGGGAGAGACUGAUCUUCUGCAGAUACCUAGGAGGCUCCCACCCCUUUCACCAUAUCUUCACAACUCAGCACUCGGCCUACAUCAUGGACGAGCGAUUCCCGUGCCUGCCCAUGCUGAAGCUGGAUCACAUGAUGCAGUUCCCACCCAUGUUCUGUCACGUCCUUCCCGGGGUGUCCUCACCCGAUCCAACCGGAGGUGGAGGUAGAACCACUAAGGUUUUUCUGGGUUCCCAGAGUUCUCAGGAAAUCACACUGCUGCAAUACUCAGGAGGCAGAUUAGAGGCAUGUGUCAGUCAUGGUCCUCCUCAAGCUCUACUUCGGCCUUGUGACAGCCUCAAACAGCUUCCUGUCCAGAUCCCACACCGCAUGGACACGGCGGCUAACAGACUGUCUUCCCCUGCUGCAGGGCUGACGUGUAUCCAGGAGAGUGAAGGCAAUGGGCAAAGUCCAGAGUGCUUCUGUGUGCUCCAGCUAACGGAGGCAGGGGAUGUUUUCUACCAGAUCCUUGAGCCUGAGCGGUCAGACCCCGUUCCACCACCAGCCACUGAGGACGAACCCCAGCCUCAACAAACUGCCAAAGUCUGGACGUUGGACAAUGGCACAAAAUCAGGGAGAGAUUCUUCUUCAUCGCACAAUUUGGCACAGGCAGAUUCUCAGUGGGCGGUGCCUGACACAUCCAGCGAUGAGGACGUCAUCGGACAAACUCAGGAUUCAGUGUUUCCCACUUUCAUUGCGGAAACACCACGGAGGAAAUUUCCAGAUGAUGCUUCCUCUGAAACUGGAUCUGAGGAAUCGGAGACACAAGAGAAAGGACAAAAGCUGAGCAGGUUGAACCUCCAGGUUCUAGUCAAUGAUGGUCCAGACGGAGAGGAUGGGAAGGAGACCAACGAUAAAGCUGAUGAUCCAGAGCAGCCAGACGCUAAUCAGGGGACAACCAGCAAUGUGACCCCUCCCAUCCAGCGGGCUCCAGUGAAGCCCAGUGAGGCGGCUGUCUCCUUGUGGAAACACUGGCUCCAGAAACUGAUGCACAUCAGCCACAAAAAGAAGCCACGCCCUCAACACCCGCAUCAUUUGGCGUUUAACUCAUGUGGCCUCCUCCGCCUGUCCAGGGACAAAAUGAGGGAGUUAUCUGAGGAGGUGACGAGCGUGCGACACCAGCUGAUGGCGUGCAUGUCCAACCGUUCACUCCUAGUGACAAGCUCCGCCCCAUCAGACUCUACGGGUAUUCUGCCAUUUCCAGACCAGGUGGACACUGAAGCUUGGAAAGACGGGCUCAGCGAGCGUCUGACGCUCUCCUGGCAGGGCGAGGAGAUGUGGCGAGCAUGGUGGGAAGACCGGCUGGGCCUGAACAAGGACAAGAAGAUGGAUGCUCUCAGGAAGAAGAGGAGGAGAGCGAGGGAGGCGAAAUGGGCCGCCGGACGACGACUUGACCUUUCUGGAAGUUUCACUUCAUCCGUCAGCUACCAGUCGGAUGUGGAUAAUUACUCCGACUUCACGGGCUGGUCCUCCGGAGCCAGCCAGGGGGCGCUCUCGGAUACAGAAGAGGCCAAGAUGUUAUCGCAGUCGGAGGACUUGAUGCCAAGAUCCAGGACACCCACCAGCGUGCUGACAGAAUCCACAUUCCCUACGCCAACCACCACGCCUCCACAUGGAAAAAAUACCCAAGAUAACCUGGGUACGCCCAGCACCCCGAGAGUCUUUACUGAGCUGAAGACCGUCCAGCUUGAAUUCACCCCAUCCAGUCAGAGGAGGAGCAAACGCCCCGGAGAUGACUACCUCAGCUCUUUGUUUGGCUCACAGGACGGUCCCUUUCAGCAUGACAGCUACUUCCUGGAUGAGGGCGGCGAGGACCACUCACUUCCACCCAUGGCCCACUCAUCGCAGCACCACAGCUCCCAGCAUCUGCCCCCCUCCCAGAAUUCACUGGGGCGGCCGUGGUCGCAGUUAUCCCAACCCAAGAAAAAGAAAGCACAAAUGGGGUUUUGAUGUUGGAUCAGUGUACGGCCUUUUUGGUGGAAGAUGCUUUUUUUUUUUCCAAGGACUCUAACAAGGACAUCUUGAAGACACAGCAACAGGAUCUUAAUAUGCAGUGGAAAAUCAUAUGAUUUAUUUUCAAGCAAACACUGGAUUUAAUCUUGGAGAGGAUUCAAUCAUGGUUGGUGCCUGAGAUCAUCAUGUGGUGGAAGAGGAUGGAGUGCUGUACUCUGGUAGGACCAAGUCACAUUUUUGUUACACUAAAAAUCCUGAAUGAAAUGUAUGUGUGGCAUAUGGAAGACGAAGAACGUCCAAAUAAUUCAUAAUGUUGCUGAUUUCAACUGGGGACUGAUAAUUCACUUCACUUCUUCACUUCUUGGCUUGAUAAGUGCUGUAAGACACACACACACACACACACACUACGCUACGCUACAUUACAUUUACACGCACAAAACCAAAAAAUACUCCUUUCCGUCUUUCCCAUGCAUUCAUUUCUUGAAAUACAUCUAAAGGUACCUGUUUGGUUUUGCUCAUAAACACAUUCUAAUGGGAUUGUGUGAAUGUAGCUGGUUGUUCCGCAAUUCUGCUUCAGAGAAUAAGAAAACGUAGCAGGAGGGUUACCAACUUUCAGACCCCUCCUAAGGUUAUCUUUGUCAAAAAAGCAACUCAGGACAAAUUUAGUGACUUUUUCUGGUCUUAUUGAUAGGACACAUACAGAGACUAACGUGAAGGUCCAUAAUGCUCUUCUCAACGAGCAGCGGGUCCUUCUGAAAGCACUGUCAUUUGCUAAGAUAUCUGAACAAAUGUCCCCUAGACCUCACUUUGGGCAGCUUUACAGAUACUUUAGGUGCCAUCAGGGUCAGGUGGACCUGGUGUUACCUUCUACAUACCGUCUGGAUUGAGUAGUUUGACAGAUGAGUAAUUGUCUGACGCCUGGAAUCAAAGUUCCACCUCGGCACACCUAGACUCUAGACUGCAGUUUGUCUUACGAUCAUGAUGCAGGUCUGAUGCAGGUUCAUGUCCUUAACAACGUUGGGGUUAAAGUGAAACAACAAAAACAUUGUGCCUCUUGGGACAGAACAGGAUUGCAAGUAGUUGUUGGAGAAAUGCUGCUGAUGAGGUCACAGCUUGAGUUCCUCCUCGCUCUGAUUGGCUCUGUGCGGUGUGCAACACAACAUGCACCGAGUACCGAGUAAUCCCUCCUUUAUGGCGAUUAAUUGUGGCCUCCUUAUUUAUAUUGGAAUAUGUAUGAAUAAAAGUACAUAUUUUAACAUUAGAGCCCUCUAGACAUGAAAUAACAACCCUAUAUUUUUUUAUAUAUAAUAAGAGAAAAUAAGACAAAAGACUCUUGCUCAUGUGUGUUGCUGUAAGUGUUAGGGGAGCAAAGUGGUGGGCGGACAGGAAGUGACGUCAGCUGCAACAGUAGCCCAUGUUAGGGAUUAUGCCUGCAAUAAAAGCCUUGUUGUUCAGGUGAUCAAAUCUGGUGCUUGUGUGUCUCACCAAGCGUUACCGUCACAUUACUGACACCUAGUGAUUAUUGUAGAAUACUACAUAUAAUCGCUAUGUCUUUAAAUGUGCCUUAUACUUGGAUAUUAGUUCAUUUGGCCUUUUUAAUGCUCGAAAAUGCUUAAUUUAGGGGAAGAAAAUGUAACCUUGUAACCUUGAGGUUAUCAGGCUUCAAGGUGAGUCCUAAAAAUAACCCAGCAGUUGUAAGUCGUCUAAAAACUAUUGAAGCAAAGAAAGCAUAACACAACAUCUUAGCUUCCUAGCUACACUGAACAGGCAAAACAGGAUUUAAAGAAAAUACGGAUCGUACUCCUACGUCAUAUUUCACAAGCUGUACAAACAAUCGCAGCGUUGCAGGCUGGGAGGUGCUUUUCAAAAACUUAGUCAUGGAACGUGAAUAUUUUCGACACACAUCCGUAUGAAUAUGCCAUUGUUAAUUUCCCAAAUGGUGGAAAUGUUCCGCCUCUUUUGCAACCGUGACAUCAGUACUUGCGUCAUCUUGUACAUCAUUUUGCCGUGACUCAAUAUGAGCUGCUGUUGGCUGAAACUCUCCUCUAUGGAAAACACUUUCUGUAGCAAUUGCAUAUGAAUGCUGAAUAUGUGUAAAUACAUGUGCACUCCUGAACAAAAUGUAGUAUAGCCAGAUUUUCCAUUGAGUGUGUGAUCCAACAUGGAUAACGGAGCACAAAAUCAGGCAAGUCCAAAUCUACGGUAUUCUAAAGACUGGAGCCAUCAGGAGGUGAGGACAGUGGGAGAUGACAUGAAAAUGAAUACAGUAGCAGGCUGGGGAUAAAUAGAUGAUGCACUGCUGUCCACUUUUAUCACUGAAAAUUCACUGUGGGUGUACAUUGAUAUUUUUUAUUUUGUAUUAAAAAAAUAUAUAAAGCCAGUAUUUUUUGCAGUCCAAUUUUUUGAAAGUGCCACAAAUGGACCCCAGUCCACAUUUUGGACACCAAUGUAGCUGAACCUUAACAAUUGCAGGUGCAGCAUUUUAUAUUUAAUUUAUUUGCAGUGUGACAUUACCAAAAUAAAAAAGAAAAGAGACAGAUAACAGUUUAAAAAUAAUAUUUUUAUAAGAUUUUUUUCCCGCACAAGUGACAAAAUAAUAAAUUA